AUGGCCGAAGGUAAUGGUGAGGUGGUAGAGGAGAUGGCAAAUCAAAAGUCCGGCGAGGGUGGCGACGGCGAACGAACGCAGGACUACUCAAAGCUGCUGGAAUAUGGACUACACAAGAUGGUUGCCGGUCGGUUGGACGACAUCUACAAAACCGGCAAGCUGGCCCACUCGGAGCUUGACGAAAGGGCACUCGAUGCGCUGAAGGAGUUCCACGUAGAAGGUGCCUUGGACGUACUGGAUCAGUUCCUAGACUCGAACCUCGAACAUGUGUCGAACAAAUCGGCCUUCCUUUGCGGUGUCAUGAAAACGUACAGACAAAAAAUUCGGGCCACGCAGCAGGGACAACCGGCACCGGCAGCGACAGUGCAAGCGAAGGGUCCGGACGAGGAGAAGAUCAAAGCAAUUCUGGAGCGAACGGGAUACACAUUGGACGUCACUACAGGACAACGCAAGUACGGCGGACCACCUCCCAACUGGGAAGGCAACACGCCCGGGAACGGCUGCGAGGUGUUCUGCGGCAAGAUACCAAAAGAUAUGUACGAGGACGAGCUGAUCCCGCUGUUCGAGAAGUGCGGCAAGAUCUGGGACCUCCGGCUAAUGAUGGACCCGAUGACCGGCACCAACCGGGGCUACGCCUUCGUUACCUUCACCUCACGGGACUCGGCCUCGAACGCCGUUCGGGAGCUGAAUGAUUAUGAAAUUCGGAAUGGCAAAAAGAUUGGUGUAACGAUAUCGUUUAACAAUCACCGACUUUUUGUCGGCAAUAUACCUAAGAAUAGAGAUCGCGAUGAGUUGUUAGAGGAAUUUGCAAAACAUGCACCGGGACUUGUGGAGGUAAUUAUUUAUAGCUCACCAGACGACAAGAAAAAGAACCGAGGAUUCUGCUUCCUCGAGUACGAAUCACACAAAGCGGCCUCCCUGGCAAAGCGGCGACUAGGCACCGGAAGGAUAAAGGUAUGGAAUUGUGAUAUAAUAGUAGACUGGGCAGACCCACAGGAAGAACCGGACGAACAAACGAUGAGCAAGGUGAAAGUAUUAUAUGUACGAAACCUUACACAAGACACGAGCGAAGAAAAGCUUAAGGAAAGCUUCGAGCAGUUCGGCCGCGUCGAGCGGGUGAAGAAAAUAAAGGACUACGCAUUUGUUCACUUCGAGGACCGUGAUAACGCCGUCAAAGCGAUGAAGGAUCUGGACGGCAAGGAGAUCGGUGGAUCGAACAUAGAGGUGUCGCUAGCUAAACCUCCGUCCGACAAAAAGAAGAAGGAAGAGAUUCUACGAGCCCGCGAAAGGCGCAUGACCCAAUUUUUACAAACUAGAAUAGGUUUGGUUAGCUCGGUGCCGUCGUUUCCCAGUAUGUCGCCACAGCAUGCCGGCAUGAUGCCCGGUCCGCUGCCAGGUCCGAUGAGAGUCCCGAGCGGAGCCGGCGGACAGCGGGCCCCGGGAAUGCGAGGUGGACCGAUGGGUCGGGGCGAGUACGGGGGUUGGUCGUGGACGUGGAACCACGGCACCACGUGGCCGAACCGCUGGGCACCUUGGCAACAGCAACCACCCGGCGGCCCGACAGGGUCGGCCAGUGGGCACCGCGGGGGUUCCGGAACAAACCGCGGGGGCGGCGGCCCGUGGGCCGGGUCGAACUCGUCCCAGCGUGUGUGGCACCCUGCGCGUCAAACCAAAUAUACCAGCAAUCGGUAAACGCAAAUUCGAAGGAGGUCCUCACAAUCAAGGGGACAUCAAGCGACGCUAUGGAGCAU